UUUUUGCCUUUCUUGCUCUCCUGCACCCUCUGUGCUGGGCUUCUCCCCCCAGGCAAUGAGUGACUUGUCUCACACAAGCUUCGGCUUCAGCCUACAGCCUAGAUGCAACUAAUGCCACGUGGAGGGGUGCUCCAAGGACUGAUACAUUUUAUUUUGUUAACAGCAUGUUUUGAGCUUUGGAUUUUUAACCCACACUUGCUGCAUGGAUGUAUAAUAAUGACUACUCUUUUGUUUAACAUUAGAUAAGCAUGAGAUCACCGUGGCACAGCUGCAUGUGUAGUCAUUCUUGAAGCAAUUACACACCUAAUUGGCUGGCAAUCUUGGCAUUUUCAAAAUAAACACAAGCCUUUUAAAGAAAGGGGACGUAUUUAUGUAUGAAUAGUCAAAUAAACUUGUUGGGUGUCAUCAAUGGAGCCGUCUGGCACUGAACAGUUGUCUGAUGACCCUGAUCCUGGAGGCAAAUCCCAAGAUCAAGAGACCAAAAAACAACAUGAAUCAGAGCAAAAAUUAUCCAAAAUAACGCAUAAUGCUUUGGAGAACAUUAAUGUCAUUGGUCAAGGCUUGAAGCACCUAUUCCAGCAUCAGCGCAGGAGGUCGUCUGUUUCUCCACACGAUGUCCAGCAAGCUCAGGCUGAGCUGGAGCCUGACCUGGAUUUGGAAAGCCAAAGCGUCUGUGCUGAAAUUGAUGGUGUCUCCACCCACCCCACAGCUCUGAACCGGGUGCUUCAGCAGAUCAGAGUGCCUCCCAAAAUGAAGAGAGGGACCAGCCUGCACAGCAGGUGGGGCAAAGGAGAUGCCCCGAAAGGAAGCCCGCAGAUCAACAGAAGGUCUGCUCAGGAUAUUCAAUCAGGACGGCCCAGAUCAUCAUCCACUACGGAUGCUCCCACAAACUUGUCUGUGAUGGAGAUUGCUGCUUCUAUCUAUGUAGGUGGAGAGGAGGCCGCAGCAGCUGCAAUUGAGCGAUUGGAAGUCAGCAGCUUGGCGCAGACCUCCAGUGCUGUGGCCUCCAGCACUGAUGGCAGCAUCAACGCAGACUCUGUCGAUGGGACCCCAGAUCCGCAGCGGACAAAAGUGGCCAUCACACACCUGCAGCAGAAGAUACUGAAGCUGACAGAGCAGAUCAAAAUUGAGCAAACAGCCCGUGAUGACAACGUGGCAGAAUACCUGAAAUUGGCCAACAAUGCAGAUAAGCAGCAGAGUGCCCGCAUCAAGCAAGUGUUUGAGAAGAAAAAUCAAAAGUCAGCCCAGACCAUCUUGCAGCUGCAGAAGAAACUGGAACAUUAUCAUCGAAAGCUGAGAGAAAUUGAACAAAAUGGGAUCCCUCGGCAGCCAAAGGAUGUCUUCAGGGAUAUGCAUCAGGGUUUGAAAGAUGUUGGAGCAAAAGUCACUGGAUUCAGUGAGGGAGUGGUAGACAGUGUAAAAGGUGGGCUUUCCAGUUUCUCCCAGGCUACACAUUCAGCAGCAGGAGCUGUGGUUUCCAAACCCAGGGAGAUUGCCUCCCUCAUAAGGAACAAGUUUGGGAGUGCAGACAACAUUGCUAAUCUGAAAGACUCCUUAGAAGAAGGCCAAGAAGAUGGGACAGGAGGCAAGGCUCUAGGUGUUAUUCAGAACUUUCAGUCAAGCCCAAAAUAUGGCAGUGAAGAGGAUUGUUCCAGUGCCACGUCAGGCUCGGUGGGAGCCAACAGCACAACAGGGGGCCCUGUGGGAGCUUCUAGCUCCAAAACAAACACUCUGGAUAUGCAGAGCUCGGGGUUUGAUGCAGUACUGCAUGAGAUUCAAGAAAUUCGAGAGACACAGGCAAGACUGGAAGAAUCAUUUGAGGACCUUAAGGUUCGCUACCAGAGGGAUUACACGUUGAUAAUGCAGACCUUGCAGGAGGAGCGGUACAGAUGUGAAAGACUUGAAGAGCAGUUAAAUGACCUGACUGAGCUCCACCAGAACGAGAUCCUCAAUUUAAAACAGGAGCUGGCCAGCAUGGAGGAAAAGAUUGCCUAUCAGUCUUACGAGCGAGCCCGGGACAUCCAGGAGGCACUGGAAGCGUGCCAGACACGCAUCUCCAAGAUGGAGCUGCAGCAGCAGCAGCAGCAAGUGGUGCAGUUGGAGGGGCUGGAGAAUGCCACGGCCAGGAACCUACUGGGGAAGUUCAUCAACAUUUUGCUGGCUGUCAUGGCUGUCCUCCUCGUUUUUGUCUCCACUGUGGCCAACUGCGUCGUGCCCCUGAUGAAGACUCGCAAUAGGACGUUCAGCACUUUAUUUAUAGUGGUUUUCAUUGCCUUUUUGUGGAAGCACUGGGAUGCCAUCACCGGCUACUUGGAACGAUUCUUGUCUCCCCCCAGAUGAUGGUGGCAGGAAUGGGCUGUGCCGCUCCCUCCUCGCGCUCUUGGUUCUUCCAUUCCAGAAAGUUGUCUGCAGUAACGUCAUGUAUGAUGCUGCAUCCACUUCUCAUAUCCUAACACAACUGCCAUGUGUUUUGCCUUUUGCACUAGCAGAACGUUUUGGGGUUUUCAUCUCUUUUCAAUUUGAAAGUCUGUGAUGAUUUCUGAUAGCUUAAUGAUGAUGUUGUUGGAAAUGUGAUUCUAGCUUUAAAGCUCCCUUUCCUUGUACAUGGUUGUUUUUGCUUUCCUGAUGGAGUGUUUCUGGAUGAUGUGUAGAGGACAGUUUCUGCUGUGGAUGUGAGUGUGUGAGUACCUUUAACAGCCUCCUUUGUAGACACAAACUUUUUAGUGACCAUCUCUGAUUUGCAGAAUGUUUCCCAAAACAUUUUAUAUUCAGAGUUGAAGUGAUUCAGAAAUUGCUUAGAUGUGUUUAGCACAUACUGCCUUGGCUCAUGAAAAGGGAAAAAUAUAAUGGACUGUGGAAGUUCCAAGAGCAGCACCUCCUCAUUAAUAUUUGAGGGUUCAAGUGAAGUUCAUCUGAUUCCCCAAUUUUCUUCAAUAGAAAGAACAAAGAAAAUCUUGAUGAAAAAAAAUUACUUUAAAAAAUUUUAUGAAAGUUUUUUUUUUUUUUUCCUCUCAGCCUCAUUAGUUGAGUUCAGUGAUACUCAGCAUGCUCCCAGCAGUUACUCUAUUGGUUUAUUCCAAUCCCAUGCGUGCUUAGGUGGGAUCAGAUGAAUUGUUGACUUAUGUCCGUGUUACACUGGGACAGGAAAGCACUGUCUGUCAGCUUUGAAAAUAUGCAUUUUUUUUUUCAUUAAAAAAAGAAAAGGCAUUAUAACAAAAGAAGCCAAGCUACAAAGGGUUCAAGUUUGGGUAGUUUUGCCAGUCUUUAAGUGAAUUCUGAAAGUGGCUAAAGAGUUACAAACCCUGUGUGUCUGUGUUGUGUAUGCCAGGUGGUAUAGUUGUAGGCAAUUGACUUAGCUGUAAGUGUGUUUUAGAAGUGUAAAAAAAUAAACAGAAAAACUCACUUGCACGGGUUGAAAAGUACAGAAAUGACACUUGUGAACGUAACACUGUAGUUUAUAGAUCUUAAGCUGCUAAAUGUUGAGAGAGAUUUACAUUUGUCUUGUCUGAUUGUCGCAGAUUUAUCUGUGGCACUUUUACUGUAUAUAAAAAACUUAAAAUAAAGACCUCAGCUAUUAA